UGUGAAGAAGAUGGUAGAAAUCAAUUUUCUGUGUGUCCAUAAGAAACUGAGAUCUAAACGGGUAGCACCUGUACUGAUUCGGGAAAUAACCAGAAGAGUAAACCUGGAAGGAAUUUUUCAGGCAGUUUACACUGCUGGAGUGAUACUCCCCAAACCUGUGGCCACUUGCAGGUAUUGGCAUCGAUCGCUGAAUCCAAGAAAAUUGGUGGAGGUGAAAUUUUCACAUUUGAGUAGAAACAUGACUCUACAAAGAACAAUGAAGCUCUACAGACUUCCUGAUGCCACAAAGACUUCAGGUUUGAGACCAAUGGAACAAAAAGAUACUAAAGCAGUACAAGAAUUAAUCAACACUUACUUGAAACAGUUUAAUCUUGCUCCUGUGAUGGAUGAAGAAGAGGUAGCCCACUGGUUCCUGCCUCGGGAUCAUAUUAUUGACACUUAUGUAGUAGAGGGCUCAAAUGGUAUUUUAACAGACUUCCUGAGUUUCUACACAUUACCUUCAACAGUGAUGCACCAUCCUGUUCAUAAAAGCCUCAAAGCUGCCUACUCCUUUUACAAUAUUCAUACAGAGACCCCCCUCUUGGACUUAAUGAAUGAUGCACUCAUUAUAGCUAAAUUGAAAGGAUUUGAUGUGUUCAAUGCACUAGACUUAAUGGAAAACAAAACAUUCCUGGAAAAACUCAAGUUUGGGAUUGGAGACGGAAAUUUGCAGUAUUAUUUGUACAACUGGAGGUGUCCUGGCAUGGAAUCCGAAAAGGUUGGUCUUGUAUUACAAUGAGGACACUUAUGUUUCUAGAACUCUGAGGUCAUCAUUUGAGUUAAUUUGAUCUCCAUAACUCUUGGAACAGUGUUGUUCAAGAGGAGUAAAAGCACAACGUCAGUGAUACUGAAAUUGUCCAUUAAACCUGAACAAUGAAGACAUCCAUAUGUGACCAAAUUUAUGCAUUUUCAGAUAGAUCAGAAGGUCCAUGAAACUCUUUUAUUGUCCAUGAAAAGAAAAAAAGCACAUUCAUUUAAGUUUAAAAGCUUAGCUUGCACCUUGAUGAGAAGAAGGUAUUUUUUUUCCACUCUGUAGAAAAGACUGUUUUGUACAAACUGAACUUCAGUGGUGGAUUAGGGUACAAAAAUAUUUGCUAUUAUGUGGAUGAACUGCUGCAUUUCUAUUUAUUAAGUGGUGGUGUAUGUAUGUCAGUGUAACAGAAUGAAGGAUACAAACUUGAGUAUCUUUGCUUAUUUACUUCACAUGGAUAUCAUCAUUUGGGGUAAAAUCCUGGAGUACGAUACGUUUGUAGCUCUAUGAAAGUCCUGGAUGUUUUUGUAACUGGAGCAGUAUGACAAUGUACUGGUUUAACUAGUGCAUUUGUUUCUCCAUAAGCAACGCUGCCAAAUCAAUAAAAAUACAGAUUUGUACUUUGAUCUUCAAUAGAUCAGUGGAUUGAUUUAACAGUAUCGCACUGUUCAGUGCAGGUGUUACCUAUGUUGCCGGAAUGAUAAUACAUUACUGUACUUGAUUUACAGUUGUGGCACAAAACCUUAGUUUUUCCUCAGUAGAAUAACAUCAGCCUGUGUGUAAAACUAAGAAUUUUAGUAGUGCUAUCAGGAUAUUUAUAGU